AUGCGCAUACAGCAGCGCGAGGUGGAGGUCCCUGAGAGCGAUGUCUGGAAGUUUGCCCUCCCCGCUGCCGCCUUCCUCGGCAUCGCGGCCUUCAUGGGGCCCCUCGUCAUCACCGCCGCGUUCGGCGCGCUCGCUGUCGGCGCGACCGUCGCCACGGCGGGGUUCGCGAUGACAGCGAUGCUGUUCCCGUUCCUCAUGUUUGCGGGCCUGGGCGUGGCGCUAACGUUCGGGUCGUUCGCCGUGGGGACGGCGAUGUUCGUGCUCCCAAACCUUCUGGCGGCGUUUGCACUGCUGGCGGUUGGCGGCGGCUUGCUCCUGGGCUGGGGCGGCAUCAGCACGCUCAUGGGCCUGGCGGCCCAGACGACGGCCGGGCAGCAGCAGCAGCAGCAGCAGCGGCAGCAGCGCAGCGCCAGUGAGGACUGGCUGGACGCUGCGGAGGCCGCCGAGCGGGAGGCGAAGGCCGAGGCCGCGCGCGCCGCGCGCGAGGCGGAUAGGGAGCUGCGGGCGUUCGACGAGCUGCUGCGGCGGCGGGAGCGCGAGGAGCAGUGGAGGCCCUGA